AUGAUCAUCCCCCUUCCCCCCUGUUCAUCACCCUCUGUGAGCCCUAAAAGCCCGGGCAUAUACGGGUGUAGUUCGGACCUAAAAGAUGAACUGAGAGGCGAAACCUCGUUCGUUUAUUUCAUGCCAUACUCAUAGCUUCAUGCACUCUGCCCGCUACCAGAGAUUAUGGUGAAGCGUCGGGUCUUACAUAGAGUAGUCUAGAGGCCGCCGCCGCCUCCUCCUCCACCUCCACCGCCACCCCCGCCUCCUCCGCCACCGCCUCCGCCUCCGCCGCCGCCACUACCACCUCCGUAACCCCAACCGGAUCCACCAGUUCCACCUCCUCCUUUACCUCCACCACUGCCACCACCGCCACCCCCACCACCACCAGGGCCACCACCUCCCUUACUUCCUCCGGCGGCGCCACCACCCCCAACUCCGCCACCAGCACCUCCACCGCCUCCCUUCCCUCCUCCGACGGGGCCGCCACCCCCAACUCCGCCACCAGCACCUCCACCGCCUCCCUUCCCUCCUCCGACUGGGCCACCACCCCCAACUCCGCCACCAACACCGCCUCCCUUUCCUCCUCCGACGGCGCCACCACCCCCAACUCCGCCACCAGCGCCUCCACCGCCUCCCUUGCCUCCGCCGACGGGGCCACCACCCCCAUAUCCUCCACCAGCACCUCCACCGCCUCCCUUCCCUCCGCCGACGGGGCCACCACCCCCAAUUCCGCCACCAACACCGCCUCCCUUUCCUCCUCUGACGGCGCCACCACCCCCAACUCCGCCACCAGCACCUCCACCGCCUCCCUUCCCUCCGUCGACGGGGCCACCACCCCCAUAUCCUCCACCAGCACCUCCACCGCCUCCCUCCCCUCCGCCGACGGGGCCACCACCCCCAAUCCUCCACCAGCACCUCCUCCGACGGGGCCACCACCCCCAGCUCCGGCACACGGGGCCACCACCCCCAACUCCGCCACCAGCAACCUCCACCGCCUCCCUUCCUCCUCCGACGGGGCCACCACCCCCAACUCCGCCACCAGCACCUCCACCGCCUCCCUCCCCUCCGCCGACGGCGCCACCACCCCCAGAUCCUCCACCAGCAGCUCCACCGCCUCCUUUCCUCCUCCGACGGCGCCACCACCCCAACUCCGCCACCAGCACCUCCCGCCUCCCUUCCCUCCUCCGACGGGGCCACCACCCCCAACUCCGCCACCAACACCGCCUCCCUUCCCUCCGCCGACGGGGCCACCACCCCCAACUCCGCCACCAACACCGCCUCCCUUCCCUCCGCCGACGGGGCCACCACCCCCAUAUCCUCCGCCAGCACCUCCACCACCUCCCUUCCCUCCUCCGACGGGGCCACCACCCCCAGCACCUCCACCGCCUCCCUUCCCUCCGCCGACGGGGCCACCACCCCCAGCUCCGCCACUAG